AUGUCUGAGGUUCAGAAGACUGUUGAGGAGAUCCCCGCGGCCGUUCCUGCUGUGGCUCCUGUCGCCGAAGCUCCUGUCGCAACUGAGGCUCCUGCCACCGAGGCCCCCGUUGUUGCUGAGGCCCCCAAGGAAACUCCCGUUGAGAGCACCGAGGCCGCUCCCGCUGUGACGGAGGCCACCACUGAGGCUGCCACCGAACAGCCCAAGGAAGAGGCCAAGGAAGAGACCAAAGAGGAAAUCGCUCCCGCCACCGAGGGUGUGCUCGGACACAAGGGCCACGGCCUGGUCAAGGGUCUCCGUUUCUCCAAGCGUUUCUUCUACUUCAGCGAUGAGGCCGUUGAGGCCAAGCAACUGUCCGUCUUCCAGCAGAAUGAGAAGCCUGCUGUUGCUCACCCCAUUGUCGCCUGGGCUACUCAAACCGGCAAGGGCCUUCUGUUCCUGACCAAGCGCGCCGAGGACAAGGCUACCCCCGCCGGCAUCUUCAACCUGGCUGAGGUCUCCGACAUCACUAAGGAGGGCUCUAACGAGUUCCACUUCAAGGUCAACGGCCAGAAGCACACCUUCCAGGCCGCAAACGCUGCCGAGCGUGACAGCUGGAUCGUCGCCCUUGAGGCCAAGGCUGCCGAGGCCAAGGUUGAGAAGGAUGUCAUCACCGCCAGCGAGGGAUACAAGGCCGAGCUCGAGAAGCUGACCAAGCCUGUCGUCCCCGAGGUCGCGAAGAAGCCCGUUGAGGCCAAGGAGGAGCCCAAGAAGGAGGAGGUUGCCGCCGUCGAGGAGCCCAAGGAGACUAAGGAAGUCAAGGACAAGGCCCAUGCCAAGAGCCGCUCUCAGUCCCGCAAGCGGGCCAGCAUUUUCGGUUCUCUGCUCGGCAAGAAGGAAGAGACCGAGGAGAAGAAGGAGGAGGAGAAGGUUGAGGAGGCCAAGCCCGCUGAGGCCGUUGCCGAGCCUACCCCCGAGGCUGCCGUUGAGGCGCCUGUCGCUACUGAGGUUGUGGAGGCUGCUGCUCCUGUUGAGGCCGCCGGUACGAAGGAGGAGACUGAGCAGAAGAAGGAAGAGAAGGAGGAGAAGAAGGCCGAGAGUCCUGCCCCCAGGUCCAAGCGCUCCUCUCUGUUCGGUAACUUCUUCCAGAAGGUGACCAGCCCUUCCCAUGAGAAGUCCGAGAAGGAGGUUGUGGCUGCCCCUGUUGAGACCGCCGCCGUUUCCAGCACUGCUCCUCAGCUGGACAACCCCGUCGAGGAGGCUGCCGUCAAGCCUAUUGAGCCUGAAGCCGUGACCGCUGCCGCCGAUGUCGAAGCCCCCAAGGACACCGCUGCUGCUGCUCAGCCCGCCGUUGUUGAGACUCCCUCUGCCGUCAAGGACAAGCGUCGCACCUCGUUCUUCGGCAACUUCGGUAAGAAGAAGGGUGACUCGGACAACGAGGAUGUUGAGGCCAAGCACAAGGGCAACAAGCUCGGUGGUCUGUUCCGUAAGCCCAGCAAGGCUGUGAAGCUUGAUAACAAGGAGGCCCCUGCCACCAAGGAUACCGAGGAAAAGACCGAGGCUGCUACCCAGGAGGUUCCCGCCGAGGCUCCCGUCGAGGAGACCCCCAAGCCCGCCGGGGCUCCUGCUACCGAGGAGGCCAAGCCCGUGACUGUUACCUCCACCUCGACUCCCGUCCAGGCUGCUGCAUGA